UGACGUAACGCAGGCGUGUUCGCUGAAGUCACGUGACACGGGCAGUGUUUCGGCUCGUCGUGACGCUUCUGUUUUCUUUCUCCACAGGAUUUCAUGUUUGUGUUUUAUACAAGACAUAUUUGCACUGAAUUCCGAUUAUGAUUGUAGUGCGGUUUCAUUCUUUUGAUCUGCGUGUAACGGAACCGUAGCGUUUGACUCGAGCAAGUCUACGACUUCCGUAGCGGCGGCUUGACCGUAAGCGUCCGUUUCUGUCGUUAACUAUCGCUUAACGUGAAGAUUGGCUGUAGUUACCGAUGUUGGUUAGUUAACUUGUUUCGAUCGCAUGGAUACAGCGAUCAUGUGGAGUUGCAAAGUCACACAGUUCGCCAUUUUCCUGUCGAGCACAAGCUAAUGUUGUGCUUUAGAGCGACGCGUUUAUGUGUGGAUAAAGAGCUAACGUUACAUUCGGUCUUUAUGUAAGUUAAUAUGAUUUCUUUAUGCAUCGAUAUCCUAAAGAUGAUGCUAACCCGAUGAAUGUGACUUGUAAACAGGGUCUGACCACAUCAGCGGUCAUUUAAAUCGGCAGAUCCAGGAACAUUAAGUUCGAUCAGUUGAAAUCUAAAUCAUUAUGAGUCCUCAGAAGAAGAUGAAAAAGAGAAAGGAACUGAAUGCUUUGAUCGGACUGAGCGACAACACCAGGAAGAAAAGUAAACAGACGUGUGGACACCGAUUACUGCGAACCGAGCCGCCCGAAUCCGAGUCGGAGUCCAGUUCAGAGGAUCAGGAGUUCAGCAGCCGAAGCGGCCUGCUGGGUUCCGUCCGGUGCUGCUCGAUUUGUUACCCGCUGUGCGUCUUCGUCCUCCUGGCCGCGUGUGUGGUGGCCUGUGCAGGUCUUAUAUGGAUGCAGAUCGCCCUCAAACAGGACCUGGACUCCAUGAAGGAGAAGAUCCGUAUACUGGAAACCAGUCAGAAACUUUCAGCACACGAGAUCCAGAAGCUCAAUGAAGAUGUGAAGGCAAGACAGAGAAAACUGGAUGAUAUCGAAAGUGGAGACCGAAGCUUGGCUAAACUUUGGUCUAAUCUGACAGAAAUCAACCAAAAGCUCAGCGCACUUGAUUCUGCUGUGAAUCAUCUGAAAGCAAACAUCAAAUCAGCAUCAGAUCUCAUUUCACUUCCAAGAGCUGUGGAGGAACUUCAGAAGAGUGUAGCCACUAUAGGGAGCACCCUUACAAGUGUCCAACAUGAUGUCACACUCUUACAGUCUGAUGUGGAGGAGAGAGGAAAAGAUCAGACCAAGGAAAACAAUAAUGAAGGCCAGACAGCACGCAGUACUCAAGAAAACAACACUAGCUGUGCACAUCUUAAACAGGACAUGCAGUUGGUUCAAGAUGACUUGAAUGAAUUAAAUGGUAGUCAAGUGCUUCACCAGUCCUGGUCCAGUGAAGAGAUUCAGAGCAUUCAAUUUGUGCUCUCAAACCUCACCAGAUGGGUGUCUGCAUUACAACAGAACUUCAAUACUGAUCAUGACCAUCCGUCAACAGUUGGCCAGAAAUCUCAUACUGGAGAUGACUCUGGUUUCUCUACAUCUCGCCGUCCAAGAUUUCUAUCUCAGAGACGUUAUAGAAGAGGACAGAGAUCUGUCAGGAAGACUGCGCUGUUUCCUGGGGUCGACUCUGUCAAAGAUCUAGAGAAGGCUCUUGAAGGCCGUAAGUCCGGUGGUUUGACGUAUGAGGAGUUGAAGGUUAUGUUUGGCUCAGAUACUCCAGACGCUGCUCUUCUUCAGCUGUAUGAUGAAGAUGGGGAUCAUGUAUAUACACUAGAUGAGCUUCAGACUGCUAUUUCUGCAUGAGCUGCUCUCAGGUCAGUUCUUAUCCUCAUCAUUAUGAGGAGGAAUUGACAGAAACUGCUGUUUCAUUGCUACAUAUGGUAAUAAAAUACACCGGGCACAAAAUCUCAUCUAUGGACCUAAUGUGAAGAGUUUUUACACACUGUCAUUCAUCUCACAUUUAAACCUAUUAAUGUGUUUCUUUAUGUGUGUCUUCUCAAUGAAGUUUGAUGAAAUUAUUUUCAGGAUUUGUUAAGAUCUUGUUUUAUUAGCAUCAGGUGAUUGUUGUUGUUUCGUCAUCCCUGAUAGGAUAGGGGUGAAUGAAUUUAAAAUGACAUGAAAGCACAUUUCCUAGCAUUUUCUUAUGGUGGGCAUACUGUAUAAUGAGAGUUAAUUUAUGCCAUUGUUUUAUUUAUUUAAUUUAAUUUAUGCUGAUUUAAGGUAGUUUGUAUUAAUGUGUCAUUAUUAAAACGAAGAGAAACUCAUUAUUACAGUAUAACUGAAGGAAAUGUGCUUCAUUGUCAUGAAACUUCUGUAUCUCAAGGAUUUGAGGUUUGUGGGAAGUAACGGCAAAUAAAAACGCUCAAUUUAGCAAUAUUAUAAUUGCUUUGUAUGUAUGUAACCUCUUGAUAUUUAUAUGACAAUAUAAUGCAAUGCACUUGGCUGUUUGUCUUUUUUCCAAAAGUAACUGACAGUACAGCAUUCAUUAUUAGUAGUAAAUCAAUAUCUAUUGUGUGCGUGUGAGAGAGAGUGUGUGUGUGUCAUUUUUCUGGCUUGUCUUUAUCCACAGAAAGGCACACAAUGAAUCUUAUUGAGCUGUUUUGGUUUUAAGCAGUUUUUUCUUUGAUCAUAAUUCACACACACUUUACUGUUAGUUCAAUAAUAUAAAAAAAGAUUAAAGAUGUACAUAGUGUAAAUGUCUAUAUAUGAAUAAAGGAUAAUUUUAAGCAGUAGGAAGAUACUUGAUCAAAUGAAAUGUGUACAUUGUAAUAAUGGUUUGAGUUUUUUGUUGUUUUUGGAUUUGCAUGAGCUCUUUAAUGUAAUGAAUAAAAGCUUGUAUUGUGUAAA